UCCACCGCUGCACCCGGCUCCAAGCACUCAGGCCCAUCGCCAUGGCCCUGUGGAUGCGUCUCCUGCCACUGCUGGCCCUGCUGGUCACCUGCGCACCGCCCGCAUCCGCCUUCGUCAACCAACACCUGUGCGGAGCCCACCUGGUGGAGGCGCUUUACCUGGUGUGCGGGGAGCGCGGCUUCUUCUACACCCCCAAGGCCCGUCGUGAGCUGGGGGGCCCACAGGAAGGGGACUCAGCCCUGGAGGCGGCCCUGAGCGGGGUCCCGGGCGGCCCCCCGCAGAAGCGUGGCAUCGUGGAGCAAUGUUGCACCAGUAUCUGCUCCCUGUACCAGCUGGAGAACUACUGCAAUUAG